AUGAACCCUCUCUUCUGCCCCUGAGGUUGGAACUCAUUUCACCAGUGUAGUUAUCAAUUCUAAGACCAAUAUGAUAAUUUCUAGAGCAGUGAAGGCAAAACUACAGCAUGGGUGCCAAAGAUGGCGCACACAGUUCUCUCUUUGGGCACACCCUCCCUCCAUACCCCCACUCCCAGAGUCUGUUACUAGAAAAGCAGAGGGAGUUAGGCAGAGCUGCUCCCCUCCUCUCCAAACGAAACUUUCAUCACUUGCCCCUCUGCCGAGCAGCCCAAUGGAAGUGCUUCUUCCUUCCCCUGUCUAGGUUAAGGGGUGGGGUGGGGCAAGGCAUUUGAUCUCUAUAAGGUUUGCCAUCACUAUUCUAGGGCAUAGGAUUCAGAGUUUGUCCCUGAAUGGGGCUGUGUAAUGAACUAAUCAAAGGGUAAGAAGAUGGGGUAGAAUUUUCUACCUGUCAUAGCCAGUCUGAAGGCUUGUCUCCAACACAGCUGCACCUGCACUUUUCCUCAACACUUCCCCCUCUACCUCCUCUCUCUGUUAUGGAAGCUGCCAAUAUCCCCUCUUCCAUCUUGGUGCCAACCCCUCCAGGCAGUUAUAUUCUAACCCUAACUGGAACCCUCAAAGCAUCAUCUAGAACAUGUUAACUGAGAACAUUCCUUUCCCUUCCCAGAAUGCUCCUCCACAGUCCCUCCAUCACCUCAUGAUUGCAGCAGCCUUUUGGAGGGCCAGCUGUGGAGUGAUGACCAGUGAAAAGGGCCCAGCUCUUCCUCUUUGGACCCACAAGAUGUGCAGAUGCACCCUCUGGGACUCUGUAACAACAACGAUGAAGAAGACUUGUAUGAAUAUGGCUGGGUGGGAGUAGUGAAGCUGGAGCAACCAGAGCUGGACCCGAAGCCGUGUCUCACUGUCCUCGGCAAGGCCAAGCGAGCUGUCCAGCGGGGAGCUACUGCGGUCAUCUUUGACGUGUCGGAAAACCCGGAUGCCAUCGAUCAGUUAAACCAGGGCUCCGAAGACCCGCUGAAGAGGCCGGUGGUGUAUGUGAAAGGCGCUGAUGCACUCAAAUUGAUGAACAUCGUUAAUAAGCAGAAAGUGGCUCGAGCAAGGAUUCAGCAUCGGCCCCCCCGGCAACCCACUGAGUACUUUGACAUGGGCAUUUUCCUGGCUUUCUUUGUGGUGGUCUCCUUGGUUUGCCUCUUCCUUCUUGUCAAAAUCAAGCUGAAGCAGAGGCGCAGCCAGAAUUCCAUGAACAGACUGGCUGUGCAGGCUCUGGAGAAGAUGGAAACCAGGAAGUUCAAGUCUAAGAGUAAGGGCUCCCGGGAAGGGAGCUGGGGAGCCCUGGACACCCUCAGCAGCAGCUCCACUUCGGACUGUGCCAUCUGUCUGGAGAAGUACAUUGACGGCGAGGAGCUCCGUGUGAUUCCUUGUACUCACCGAUUCCACAAGAAAUGCGUGGACCCCUGGCUGCUCCAGCACCACACGUGUCCCCACUGCCGUCAUAACAUAAUAGAACAAAAGGGGAACCCGGGCCCAGGCUGCGCAGAGCCCGGUAACCCCACGCGGAGCCGGCAGCCCAGGGUCAUCCUCCCUGUGCAUUACCCAGGCCGCGUGCACAGGACCGGCCAGAUCCCGGCCUAUCCCAUGCGGACGAGCAUGGACUCCCAAGGAAACCCCAUCACCCUGCUCACCGUCGACCCCCACGGGGAGCAGGGCCUGUAUGCGGGCCAGGCCCCAGCCUACCUCUCCGGCUACCCGGCGCUUCACCUGGAGCACGCCCUGGCCCCGCACCGCUGCGGCCUGGAGCCCCGGCCUUACGCCUUGCGGAGGCCCAAGCUGGGUGGACGCGGGCCGGCCAAGGCCGCCUGCCUCCCCCAGUACGAGACCGUGUACCAGCACUACUACUUCCAGGGCCUCAGCUACCCCGAGCAGGAGGCCCCGGCCGCGGCCGCCCAGGGCUCCUCCCGGGCCUUCCAGGCGGCCGCCGGCGGCCUGCUCUUCCCCGCCGCGGUGCGCAUGGCGCCCUCCUCCCACCUGGAGAGCGGAAGCGCUUCGAGCUUCAGCUGCUACCACGGCCACCGCUCGGUGUGCAGCGGCUACCUGGCGGACUGCCCGGGCAGCGACAGCAGCAGCAGCAGCAGCGGCGGCGGCGGCGGCGGAGGCUCGUCCGGCCAGUGCCGCUGCUCGUCCAGCGACUCGGUGCUCGACUGCACCGAGGUCAGCAACCAGGGCGUCUACGGGAGCUGCUCCACCUUCCGGAGCUCGCUCAGCAGCGACUACGACCCCUUCAUCUACCGCAGCCGCAGCCCCUGCCGGACGGCCGAGAGCCGGGGGCCCCCCCGCGAGGAGCGGCGGCCCGGCACGGCCUCCCCCUCCGGGGACCAGCUGUCCAGCUGCAGCCUCGAGGUCAACUACAGCAGCCAUUCCUCUCUGGAGCACAGGGAUGCCGGCGCCUCUACCUCAGAAGGAGGGCCCGAGGCUCCCCCGGGGGCCACGUGGGACGUCAGGAGGCCCUGGAGGGGCCCCGAGGCCUCCGCGGCCGCCCCGGACUCAGCGUGCGCCUGCUGCUUCGAGGCCCCGCGCCUGGCUCUGGAGGCCGGCGGGGGAGCCUCGUGUCGGACCGACGGGCCCAGGGGCGGGGGCCUGCCCUGCUACUUCUAUGAAGAGAAGCCGGGGGCCCCGGGGGGCGGCGGCUGCUACACGGAGGACUACGCGGUCAGCGUGCGCUACGCGCUGGCCGACGAGAGCCUGCCCAGCUGCUACGGGGGGCCGAGGGAGCUGGGCCAGCGCAUCCCCAUCAUUCCUGAGGACGUGGACUGUGACGCGGUCCUGCCCACAGACUGCCGCGGGGCCCGACGCUACAGCUCCUGGGACGAGCCCCCCGAGGCGGGCCCGCCGCCCCGCCGGCUGCUCGGAGAGGCCCGCCAGGACAGGGAUCUGGCCUUCCAGCUUCCCCACGAGGACGAGAGCCGGGCCUUCUUCCCGCGGGCCCCCCGGGACUCCCCAGAGGCGGUGCCCCCCACGGAGGCGGCAGGCCUGGGGUCUCCCCCUCACCCACCACUGGACAGAAGCGGCAGGGUCGUCUGAACUCAGAUGGACUUUUAGCCCAAAACAGCGACUCGGCAGAGACUCCAAAUUGUUUGACUUCCUUUCAAAAGAAAAAAAAAACAAAACUUUUUUUAGCUUUGACAAACAGAAAAGUGGUAAUAUGGAGAGCCGGCCCUCCCCUCCCCCUCACCAAGCCGCCACGGCCAAGGCGCCGAGCCCCUCCCUUCCAGACAAAUGUUUAUUCUUGUAUUCUCAGACGUGUGCGCUUGGGCUUCACAGUGGGCUAGGCCUGAGCUCUCUGUUUUUUAAAAAUAUUCUAUGUAAAUGUAAAAAGUGUUAUUUAAAUAUAUAUUUUUAAAAAUCUUUUAACUCACCAACUUUUGCUGAAAAGAAAACUCGCACACGACUGCAUCCAAUAAGUGUGUCUUGUAGCGGCGCCUCCCUGAGGGAGGUCAGGCCUUCCACGUGCACUCAGGGCUGUCCCUGCCUUAGAAACCCAGCCAGACGCUAGAAGAGGGCUCCGAGGCUGUGGGUGCAGAUCGAGAGGGCCACCGUCGUGCCUUUGUUCUUCUGGGGCCCUGGAAGGCUCCCCUGCUCUGGGAAGGCCGGCCCCAUCGGGAUGGGAGUGAGAAUGGGGUUUGGGUCCAGUCUGAUGGGGGUGGCAGCCAGGGAGGAGGCCGGCCUCCAUUGUCUGCCACUUUUCUCUCCUUGGGCAGAUGUGGGGCCCAGCUGUCCCUUCCCUUCUCUUCUGUGGCUGCAGACGUGCACCAGGUGUGAUGGUACGGGAGCCUCGGCACACGAGCACCCUUGGGAUCCACUUCUGUGGAAGCCGCUGCUGGGGGGCAGGGGGGCGGCAGAGAGCUGAGGAGAUCUUUCUGAGGCCUCGCCGUCUGGGAACGCAGCUCUUUCUGGUUAAGCGUGUUGCUCUCCUAUCCUGCCUUUGCUUAUUCUUUGAAGGAAGUCCUUAUGCUGCCCAGUGCCAUGAACCUCUCAUGAAGUGCUCUUUAUUUUGUUCACUAUUUAUUGCCUGCCUGCCUUCCUGCCUUCCUUCCUGCCUUCCUUCCCUUUCUCCUGCCUCCCUCCCUGCCUGCCUUCCUUCCUUCCCUCUUUCCUGCCUGCCUUCCUUCCCUCUUGCCUUCCUGCCUUCUUUCCCUUCCUGUCUGCCUUCCUUCCUUCCCUCUUGCCUUCCUGCCUUCUUUCCCUUCCUGUCUGCCUUCCUUCCUUCCCUCUUGCCUUCCUGCCUUCUUUCCCUUCCUGUCUGCCUUCCUUCCUUCCCUCUUGCCUUCCUGCCUUCCUGCCAUUCUUCCUUCCUUCAUGCCUGCCUCCCUCCCUCCCUUCCCUUUCUCCUUCCUCCCUCCCUUCCUUUCCUCCUUCCUUCCUGCCUUCCUUUAAAGCCUGACAGGCCUGGUGGCUGGCUGUAAGCCAGCAAGAGCUUCUGCCCUCCCUAUGGCCCAGAACAUUCCCCUCCCUCACUAGUGAGGAGGCAUCUGGGAGAGAGCAAAGAUGCCACCCCCUGGGCAGGCCGAUGGGUGAGGCUCCUUCAGGGCCUGCAGGGUGGCCGGCUCUGAGCCAGCACUUGGGCUUCCCAAACCCAGACCCCCUCCCCCACCAUCCUUUACCUGUGGAAAUCUGUUGUGGGGAGCUUGGGAGGAGCCUUGGCACUCCACCAGGACACCUGGCCGCCCCACCCCACAGUAGCAGGAGGGAGGGAGGGAGGCGGGGGGGGGGGGGAGGGGCAGGCCAGCCUGCGCUGCCUGGAUCUGGGAGGGUGUGGAGCUCUCACAAGAGCCUUCUACAAUGGGGGGCCCCCAAACUCACCCGCCUUCCAAAAUCCUGAGCCCUGUGAAAGCCACUGUGCCACUCCCCAUCCCAACACACACACUCUCCGGGAUCCCUGGACGAUGACGUAAUAGUGAAAGCAGAGUGGGGGGUCAACCUCAAGCCCCAGGAGCCUGGCAUGGGUCUGAGGGCUGAGUAAAAAGCUUUAGUGCCUCCGGGGCCCUUGCAGGGAGGUGGUGCCGACAACAGCCCCAGGCGCUCUCCUCUCUUGAGGCAGCCUCCAGGGCUCUGCUGGGUGCCGGCCCGGAGCACAGAGAAGAGACCACGACUGCCCCUGGCUUUGGGGAGCUUGACAGGGUCUCUGCUCAGAAGGAAGGAGGGGUGGCAGGAAACCCAGCGGAACCGUCGGGCAGCUCGGGGCGUCCUUGGCCGGCCUGCAUGGCCCCCAGAGCGGGACGAUGCCUCGUGUUCCACCCGACCCACCGGUCCCAGCAUCUCCCCCCUCCCCCCCAGCCUUUUCCCUGUGAAUCUGCCCCGUGUGAGCGGAUCACCUUUUCCACUGAGCCCCCGACUCCGGGGCGUGUGGGAGGGGAAGCGCCAGGGUUCCGAUGGGGGUCUGGCCCCCUCCCUUCCCCGCCGAAGCUUCCCACACGUGAGGAGGACGAGGAGGGGGAUGUCGCACAUCGCAGCGGUGUCGCUAUGUCUGUAGGGAAGCCGUCGAGCAGCCCUUUCCAGCGCUCUCCCCCUCUUCUCCCACCGCAGCACUUACAUGGCUGUGAGAGACGGCCGGGAAUUCCCGUCCGAGGCCUCUCCGGCGCGACCCUUUCAGAAAUGUUGUCGCGGCUGGACAACGCCCUGUGUAUAUUCUGUGUAUGUAUAGCAACACGUUUCAUGUAUGGAAAUAUGUUCUCGGAAUAUUUAUUUACUAAUAUAUUUAUCUUAAGCCGUGUCUCCUGUUGAGCGUGACGUUACUGCAGGAACUCACCGAGGCCCGCAAAUACGCGACGUUUCGCUCCCCACUUCUGCCCAUCCGCCGACCAGAAACACGACUUAACCAAGCCGCGUGUCGUCUUCUACCAUUUUUGUAACAAAGUGUACAAAAGACUGUAAAAAAAAUACAAUUUUAUCAAGUAUGUA